UGAAAGUGCCUGUGGGCUUCUCCCUGGUGGACUUGCGGGGAGGGAGAUGAGCUCCCGGGCACCCCUUCCAGGGAGGCCGGAGGGACAGGGCAGCACAGAGCCCUCAGAGGGCAAGAGCCACCCCUGGGCCCCGCAGCUGCACCCGGCUGGGAGGAGCCUCCCCCAGGGCUCGCUGCAGACCAUGCCCCUCUCCUCCAAGCCGCUCACGUCCUUCCUCAUCCAAGACAUUCUGCGGGACGGGGCCGACCGCGGAGCUGCGGGGCAAGGGAGGAAGAGCCGGGGAUGCUGCGGUGCCUCUCGCCCGGAGCCUGCGCUGGACGGUGCAAGCUCCGCUCCCCGGCCGCCAGCGGGGAAACCCCUCCCUGAAGGGGUCCCCCCGCCGCCCCAGGAGCGGGCAGGAGAGCCAGCCGCAGGGGCAUAUACGGAGACCGACCUGUCGGACUGUGAAAACCCUCUGAAAUCCUCACUGAGCAACCAAAGGACCCCGAAGCAGCAAAAGCGCUCACGGGCAGCCUUCUCCCAUACUCAGGUCAUCGAGUUAGAAAGGAAGUUCAGCCAUCAGAAAUAUCUGUCCGCCCCAGAGCGAGCCCACCUGGCGAAGAACCUGAAGCUCACUGAAACCCAAGUGAAAAUCUGGUUCCAGAACAGAAGGUACAAGACCAAAAGGAAGCAGCUAGCCUCAGAACUUAGUGGACUCGGUAAGAACUCGGUUUUCCCAGUCCUUAAAGAGGAUGUCGUCUCCAGGGCCGCUCUGAUUUCUGUGUAUAACAGCUACCAGUACUAUCCAUACCUGUACUACUUGAAUGGCUGGAGUCCCUCUUUGUGAUAACUACAGCUAAAGACUUCAAUUUUUCCAAAGAGAAAAGCUCUCUUUUUAUUUUUACUGUUUUGCUUUUUCUAAUAAGGGGGCGGGGGGAAGGAGGAGAAAGCACUUCUGACCAGAUUUUCAGUGAUGCUGAGCACCCUGCAUGCCCUUUUCCCUUUCCGGGGACUUGCAAGGUUCGACACUGCUACAAGUCUAGGAUAACAUUUUCCAAAGCACCCAUUAACAAAUGCCACGCUCUUGUAUAAUGCUUUCCAUGGGUACAACUUACAGUGCUUUAGAAAGGAUUACGAUCUCCAUUCUGCAGAUGGGGAAAUGGAGGUACAGAGCAAUGAAGUGAUUUAUCCAAGGCCACCCAGGGGCAGAGUCAGGAAUAGAACCCAGGCCCCCGAGUUACAGUCCACUAACCUAUAUAGUGUCUGCCCUUUUCUCUCAUUGAAAGUCAAUGGGACUUAAGUCCCACUUUGAAAAGAGACUUAAACACGUGGGAGCCUAGGUGCUUUGGAAAACUUUAGCCCUCCCCACGAUCAGCGUGUAAAAACUAAGUAAUGAUGAUGGUUUUGCACAGCAAUUGUCUCGGCAUGUUCAUCUAGGCCACUAACUCUGUGACACUGCAUAGUAUAUUUUAAUAUUUAAAUACUUGGUCUUCUCAAACAGACCACAGAUGGGACACUGAAUGGGGAAAAAAAAAUGGAGUCUGCAUUUCCCCUCCCCCCCCAUUCAAUGGAAACUAAGAGCCAUGUGGUCCUAAGGUGAAGACUGUGAGAUGUAUUAGAACUGUCAGCCAACGUGACAAACCCCAUUUAAAUUACUGUCAUGAACUGGUCAAUGCAUCUGUACACCACUGCUCUUUACUGGCUAGAAUUAGAACUGCAUAACUACGUGUCAUAGCACCUAUACUGCUAGUUAAAGUAACUUAAGUGGUAAAAGGCCUUUGGUUUGAAGUAGCAAGUUUGCCACUCUCUCUGCUGUGUCACGAAGUGAUAUGUAGCCAUGAUGUGCUGCAUAGUAACAAAACAUGAAAUACUAGGCGACAACAGAGGUUUUACCAUAUGCAAUAAAUAUUGUGGGCAGGAUCCUCGGCCGAUAUCAAUCAAUUCUCUGAUUCUGAAGGAACCAUGCUCAUUUACACCUGCUCAGGUUCUAUAGUCUACACACCAAUGUAUACCACCAGUAACAUGGCAGCAUGUUCCAAACCAGAAGAUAGCACGAAAUUCAGUAUCACAAAGACAGAUCUGUUUUGCAUAUCACCACGCUGAUGCUGUUUGAACAUUAACACACAGAAUUAUUGUAUUAAUAGCCUAAGUUUUCAGCCUUCCUAACAGUUUAAAGAAAAGCAAUUCUGUUUGUAAAAUUAGAUGAGACAAAGCGGCCUAGUGCUUUAGAAGAGACUCACUUUUUCUGUAAGGUUUUCUUAUGAUCACAGAGUUAAAUGAUCUUGUUGUUAUUCACACUCGCCAUUUGAGCAGACUAACAGGAGGCGAUUCCUGCUUCCGUUUGAUACAUACCAUACUAGCUUGAUGCUGCAUGAUGCAGAGCAUCUUCUGAUCCUAUCUUCUUUUGUGGGAAGUGAGAAAGCUCAGCACUUUGCAGUAUACAAGGGAAACAUGGGAUAAAAGCUUUUAUGCAUGGUUGUUAAGUGAAUAGCAAUAUUUUGACCUCUGUUAGUCUGUUCAAAGUAGCAGUGAUGGCUUUUAGGAACAAAGGAAAUGCCUGUCCGUACAUAAAGUUUGAGGUAACAUCUAUUGUGGAGGAAAGAAAGGUUUUAAAAUAGAAAUGAAAUAAAAAUGGGGGGGGGAAGGAAAUUAUGUUAGAUCAUUUAUAAUUUCAGUGGACCAAAUUCUCAGGUAGUACAAAUCAGAACUAUGGCAAUUUAUGCCCUCUGAGCAUAUGUGGCUUAAAAAAAAAUUAGAUAUCUAUCAAGCUCUUUAUAAUGGUACCCAUCUUUGUAGUAUUAAAACCCCCCCAAAAUCACAAAAAGCUAAAGGCCUAAUUUCCCUCCCUUCUCCUCGAGGCAGUUGGGACUGCAUAUUGUUGGAGUGAUUGCUUCCGGAAUGGGAAGUGUAAUAAUUUCUUUUCAGAGACAAGGGGUGUGGGGAAAUGAAGCAAUAUAUUUGAGUAGACCAGCUUCUACUGGGGAAAGAGACAAGCUUUCAAGAUGACACUGAGCUCGUCUUCAGGUCUGGGGAAUUUUUAGAAAUCUUAUUUUUCAUGAAAAUAUACAUUUCAAAAUUGAUUUUUUGUCUCCCUCCUCCCCCAACACAAUAGAUCUGCAAACCACACACACACACACACACACACACACACACACACACACACACACGUAUCCUUACUCAUGCCAGGAGACCUGCGGAAGUCCAGAAGACUCCUAUCGUGAGCCAGGAUUACUUAUGGGAGUAAGAAUUUACAGGAUCAAACCCAUUAAAGUGAACAACUCACCAAUUUAUGGUCAUUGCCACUGUGUGAAUUAUUUGAAAUACAUGAAAGGACAACUGCCCGUUUUCUAACUAGUCGGAAUGUAACUUCUAAUAUCUCUAGAUAACAUUUUUCUUCCAGCUCGUUCUUUAUUUAGAACCUAUUCAUUCUGAAAGGAUUCAGUCCUUUCUCUCAGUCAGCAUUAAGAGUAGAAGGUCAUCCCUGGGCUGUUACAAUAUGUUUCAAACUCAAGCACGCUGCUUAUCCACUUGCCAAAAGAAGUGAUCAUACGAUACUUAGAACAAAAGAUUCCUUAGGGUCCUAUCUUGGGGCCCUGACUCACUUGAGGAGCCCCACUAACUUCAAUGGGAUAUGAUUACUCAAAAGGAGUAAUAGCUGCAGGAGUAAGCACCAAAUGCAGAAAUCCACAGGCACAUUUGGGCCCAAUUGGGCAUACUUUGCACCUUGUUCCAUCAUUUACACCAGUGCAAAACACUUAACAUGCUGAUUUGGUAGCUUUACAUGCCCAUUUUGCACUGGUGUAAAGCUCCUCAUUCUCUGUUGCCCUGUACCUUGUGUGGUCAUUUAAAUCAGUGCAAAGUGGGUGUAAAACGUUGCCUAAUCAGAACGAUACAGUCCGAUUCUUAUCUCACUUAUAUUGAUCUAACUCCACGGAUCUCCAUGAACUUACUUCUGAUUCACACCAGUGUAAAUGUAGUAAUGUCACCUACCUGGUCUGGCUUCAAGCUCUCUGCAGCUUCAGUUUCCCUUCACUUAGUUUCAAUUUCCCGACCUCCUCAGGAAGGACUCACUGCCACACUCCAGUCUCUCCCCUGCACGUAAAAUAUAGGCAAAAAUAUCAACCACAAAAGCAGUUCCUCUGCCCAUCCUGCGCUAUAACGCCCACAGGCUUUCCCCGUUGCCCCUGUGAUGAAAGGAGGGCUCACCCUUCCCUCCAGUCCCCCUGCUUCAGGGCCCACAGCGGAGUUCUCUCAAUCUUUUCAUAGGGAUCACCUUCCCCCUUCCCAGCUGGGUCCGAUAACUGAACAGGGCUGGCCAGCCCCAGACACCCUGGCCCUUAGAGGGGAUAAAGUAGAAGAAUAUGCACCAUAGAGAGUGGCUCACCCAUUUUGCACAGGUGUAAAUGAUAAGGCAGUGAAGAAUUGGGCCCCAUCUGAAGGGUAACAAUGGAUUUGAUCCAUUGUUCCUUAGUAGUCAUGGUAACCGAACACCCACUUGGAUAUUUCACCUGUGACCCAUCUGUUCUGCUCUCAGUUUGUAAAAUAGAACAAAACUCUGUUGGCUAUUCUCACUCUGAACUGCCACCCUUUGUAUUUUUAUGUAAAAAAAUCAGCCCAGUGCAAACGGCUGUUAUUUUUGUAUAUAUAUUUUGAUACUGUUUUUCCAAUGUGCGUAUUGUACUUUGGAAUAAAAAGCCUGUAUUAGA